CUAGCAGGCGAUCCCACUGUGACUUUUAUUUCCAAGUCCUGGAAUCCGGAAUCAGCUUGAUCGUAAUCACACAUGGACUAUGCUUUUAUGGCUGUUUUUGAUUUCUUUUUACCCUAGAGGAAACUUUCUCAGCAGCUGUUUUCAAGUGGACUAGCCUUUGAGUGUCAGAGCCAUGAUUUGUUUGUUAAGAUGGACUGCUUUCCUUUGGACUAUAAAUUCCAUUCCUCACACUCUUGGAAUGGUAGUGACUGAACAAGCAGAUGGCUCAUGUCCAGCCCUGAACGUAGAGGAUCAAAGGUUUUCUGAUGUUUUAGAUCGGCCCCUACAAAUCACAGGAUUCGACCUCACAGAAAAGUUUCUCCUCCGGAAGGGCACAACCUCAGAAGACCUGCCAUCGUUUCGUUUGGGAAGCAGUCCGCUCAUUAAACCGACAAAAUCAAUAUUUCCAAAUGGGCUUCCAAGUGAAUACUCCCUUGUCACCAUCCUGCGGGUCAGAAGAACAACAAAAAAAGACCGCUGGUAUCUUUGGCAGAUAUUUGACCAAUCAGGGGGCACUCAGGUAUCAGUUGUGGUGGAUGGCGGCAAGAAGGCGGUGGAGUUCUCUGCCCAAGGCCAGCUGAAGAACACUCUACGCUACACGUUUAAAAGCCGUGACCUGCAUGCCCUCUUUGAUCGCCAGUGGCACAAGCUGAGCAUUUCUGUGCAGAGCAACAUAGUCUCCAUUUACAUGAACUGCAAACUAAUAGAAAGGAGACUGACUGAUGAGAAAGACGGCAUUGACCCCAGUGGGCGCACUCUCAUCACCACACGAGUGGAGGAUGGACGGCCUGUGGAUAUCGAAGUGAAACAAUUCCUGAUCUACUGUGACCCUUACAUGGCUGAAAUGGAAAACUGCUGUGAGCUACUGGAGCCCAAGUGUGAUGCUGCGAGGACAGUUAAUGGGACCUCCCCUCCCCUGGUUACAGCCCAGCUCCCCCAGAUGCUGUCUCAGCCGCCCAAACAGUCAAUUGACAGAUGUCACUGUCCAGCUGAAAAGGGAGAAGCUGGUCUUCCAGGUGUGACUGGACUGCCAGGACAGAAAGGGGAUAAAGGAGACAAGGGCGACUCAGGGGAGGUCGGCCUUCAAGGAAACCCGGGACAUAAGGGGGAACUUGGAUCAGAAGGGCAGAAGGGAAUCGAUGGGGAGAAGGGUGUGAGAGGUGACCCAGGGCCUGUUGGUCCAGUCGGUCCAAAAGGAAGCAAAGGUGAAAUGGGUCUUCCUGGAGCUCCGGGGCUGCCUGCAGACAAAGACUGCUUCAAGGGUGACCAGGGCAUUCAAGGUGAAAAAGGAGAGAAGGGAUCUGCCGGGGUGCCCGGUCAGCCGGGGGAACCAGGCAAAGAGGGCAAAAGGGGACGAAGAGGAAAAACAGGGGAACCUGGACCCACUGGCCCUCAAGGGGAGAAGGGUGAGUCUGGACUCUCAGUGGGAAAGGGGGACAAAGGAGAGAGAGGAGACACUGGUCAGCCAGGUGCUGCAGGGGCCAACGGGACGAAAGGAGAAAAAGGAGAUGUUGGCCCUCCUGGUCCCCCUGGUCCUGUGAUGACAGCUCACGGAUUGAGACUCUCUGGAACUGGGGAGAGAGGAGCUCAAGGACCGCAAGGCUUAAAGGGCAACAUGGGGCCGCCUGGUCUAAAGGGAGAUCCAGGACUAGAGGGGAAGCAAGGCCUGCCUGGACUCCCAGGACUCCCGGGUGAGCCAGGCUCGCCAGGGGAGCCGGGGGUGCCUGGGAGAGAUGGCCUAAAAGGAGAAAAGGGGGACUCUGGUGGAGUGAUGGGGCCGCAGGGACCUCCAGGUCCGAAGGGUGAGCCUGGAGAGCCCGGAGGUGGAUAUACGGGGGACGGGCUGGCUCUAACCAGAGGAUCUCGGGGUCCUAAGGGUGAGAGGGGUGUCCCAGGUCUGCCAGGAGACCACGGUGAAAAAGGUGAACCUGGAGAGGGAAUCGCCGGGCCGCCGGGCCCCAUGGGACCUCUAGGAAAGCCGGGAAGAGAGGGCCCACGUGGACCCCCGGGUUUAUCUGGCCCUCCUGGAGCUCCAGGGAGAGAGGGCUCCCCUGGUAGACCAGGUCCCCCAGGUCCUGCUGGACCCCCAGGUGAACCAACUGCCCUGCCAAUUGUUGGAGACAUGGGUGCUCUUCUUAAGAACGCCUGCAGUUUGUGCCAGACAAGAGUCCCGGGGCUUCCUGGGCAGAAGGGAGAAAAGGGGUCCCCUGGAGCGCAGGGAGUGGAAGGCAUGGUGGGAGAAAAGGGGGAUCCAGGUGUAAGAGGUCCUACAGGUAACCCUGGCAAAGAAGGCCCUAAGGGAGUGAAAGGAGAGCGAGGGUUCCCGGGCCCUAGAGGAGAUAAAGGUGAUGAGGGGCCUGCAGGAGCGCCAGGACUUCCAGGAGUGACUGGUCGAACAGGAGCCCCGGGGAUUAUGGGUCGACCUGGGCCGAUGGGACAAUCAGGAGCUAAAGGAGAUAAAGGAAAUGAAGGACCUCCGGGCAGACCAGGGCUUCCAGGGCCUCCGGGUGUCCCAUAUGUGGAGGGCAAUGGGAUGAGCAGUCUCUACAAGCUGCAGAGUGGUGGAGCUAUUUUAGGACCCCCUGGAGCUCCUGGUGCUCCGGGUCCCAAAGGAGAUGACGGCCAUACAGGUGAACCAGGGGCCAUGGGAUUACCUGGGCUGGAGGGUCUACCUGGUGCCAAGGGUGAUAUUGGUUUGCCCGGUCCAUCUGGGAUGCCAGGUCCUCCAGGGAAGCCCGGCGCUCGUGGAGAGCCAGGGAUCCCAGGAGAGCCGGGUGAGAGGGGGCCGCUCGGAGAGACAGGAUUCCCAGGGCCCGAGGGACCCCAAGGUGUUCCUGGGAGACCGGGAAAAGAUGGAACUCCUGGAUACAAGGGAGCUACAGGUAGAACCGGAGACAGAGGAUCCAAAGGAGAGCGUGGUGAUCCAGGGAUUCCUGGAGAAAGAGGUGUUCAAGGUGAGAGGGGUCGCUCAGGAGAACCGGGCCCUACUGGGCCAGUUGGACCUGUGGGCCAAAAGGGUGAUCCUGGCCCUCCAGGACAGCUGGGGAAUGCAAACCUCCUGGGUGAUCCUGGCUUCAAGGAAGAACUCAAAAUGUUUAUCAGGAGUGAAGUUUUGAAGGUCUUUGAAGAGAGGCUGACAAGCACUGCCAUACCACAGAAGACACCUGCAGGCAUCUUAGCUCCACAAAUCCAAGGCCCUCCAGGACCUCCUGGUCAGAGCGGAUUACCAGGCCCUCCAGGGGAGCCUGGACCUCCUGGUCCUCAAGGAUACAGGGGACAGAAAGGAGAAAGAGGACAGCUUGGUCUGGGGUUACCAGGAGAUCCAGGACCCAUGGGGCCACCAGGCCCUCCUGGGAUCCCUGGGCAUGGACUUCCUGGCUCCCCGGGACCCCGUGGACCUCCUGGGACAUGCAACCCCCUGGACUGCCCUCCUCCAUCCCGAUGAGGCCAGCAGAGUGGGCCGGGAUGAUUUGAAAGCAGGCGUCGGGCUCAGAGUUUGGUGCUGACAGACUCAAACUGACCUCUUUUGUUCACUUUACAACAACAUUUUGAUGCAGUCAGGUUUUUUUAAGUUGUUUUUUUUUUUGUAGUUUUGUUUGUUUUGAAUGAAAUAGGAAAGGAUUUUAUUGCAAUUCUGUGGUUUUAAGUUAUUUCUUGUUUUCACAUCCUCGACUGUGAUGUAAUGCAUUCCUCUUCAUCUCUUGUUUUGUCCUCCAAGACCAUGAAAUGACUUUGUUUCAUCAGUUUCAGUUCUUCUUGACACAGAAUCUUAAUUAUUUGUUUGCCCCCUUAUUGGGCGUCUUUAUUUACUUCGUCUGUUCUUAUUCAGAUAAGCCGAUAUGCGGGCAGAAUUUACAUCUCAUUUUAAUGUGUGUGUUGGCUUGUUUGUGUGUGUGAAAGGGAGAGAGAGGUUAGCUGAAUGAGACAACCUGUGUUGUUGUUUAAUCUGUGAAGAAUAAUCAAUGUUUUGAAACCAAAGUACAUCAGAGGUGUCUGAUAUUGAAAUUAUUUAUUUAAGAAUGUAUUUAAAAGAGAGAGAUAAUACUAAUAAUUAAAUGUAGCACGUAUAUUCAGUAACAUUAUGACUAAUGAGUGGAUAAAUACACUCAUUGAUCACUUUAUUAGGUGUACAUGUUCAACCAGCAACACAUAUCUAAUCAGCCAAUCACAAGGCAGCAACCAGUGCAUGUAGACAUGGUUAAGUUCAAACCAAGCUGACAGAUGUGGUACGACGUGUGGUCUUCUACUGCUGUAGCCCAUCUGCUGUGCUUUUAGAGAUGCUCUUCUGCAUAUCUCUAUGAAAACAAGUGGUUACCUGACUUUUUUGCCCUUUUAUCAGCUUGAACCAGUUUGCUUACCUCUGCUAUCAACAAGGCAUUUUAGCCCAGAGAACUGCUGCCCACAGGAUAUUUUUACUUUAUCUCACCAUUUUCUGUAAGCCCCAGAGAUGUUGAAAGUGUAAAUCCCAGUAGAUCAGCAGUCUGAAAAACUCAGACCAGCCUGUUAGGCAUCAACGAUCACAGAAAGUCGUCUAAAUCACCUUUCUUCCCCAUUCUGAUGCCCAGUUUGAACUUCAGCACAUCAUCUUGACCACGUCUGCAUGCCUUAGACUCUCUGUGAAGUUAAAUCCAAAAUUUGUGUCCUAACACACGACAUAUUUUGGAACAUCUUUUCUGCUUGGUUUAAUUAGGGCAGGGACCCACCAUGACACCAGCUGCUAUGGGGAAUUAAACUGUCUCCCUAAAGCUACAAUGAUGUAAAAUCACGGAGCAGUACAUCUCAAUACCGUCUGUUGUUAUCCGAUGUUCCUGCUGUGUUUCUGUUCAAUUUGAGGCAAAUUUCCCAAAUCCAUCAGCCACAGUGGCCUACAGGUGAUCAAAAGCAUCAUAACAGAGAGAUUUGUGCCAGAAAACAGUAAAUUUUAUCUCUGGCACAGAGCCAGGCAGCCGUGCUCUGACCAGAGCUCACAGUAAGGUCAGGGGGCAGGCUAAUUACUGGAGCACGUGUCUAUUUUUCACUUGAACCAGAUGCAACAGGAAAAAGCCUCUUAUCACCUGAAGGUGUGUUUUAAUCCAUAUUUAGCUGCAUUUAGUCCUGGAUGAUUAAAAGAAGAGGACUGUGGCUUUGUCUCUCUCAAAGCAGCAACAACUCGAUCCCUCCUGUCUGUUAACAUCAAAUACUAAAUGUAGUAAAGUAUCUGAUUAUAGAGCCAUCCUAUUCCUGCCAAGUCUGUCACAAUAAAAGCAUUCAAUGCUAAUUAUCACUGGAGACUUUUAUUUUGAAGAGCACCUUCAGGAAAUGGAAUGUUUUCAGCAGCAACUUAAAAAAGACAUCUUGUAAACGGGAGAGAGACAUAACUAAGAAAGCCCUGAAGAGUUAAAUACAAGACGAGAAAUGAAAGUUUCUCCAUGUAGCAUUUUUUAAGAUUGGAGGAUUGUAUUUCCGAUGAGUGGGCGUGGCUUCAGCUCAUUCACCCGACAGGCCCACACCAUCCUAGAGCGGAUUUUACUGCCUCAUUUUCGUGAUUUUUAAACUUUGAUUGUAUAAACAGAGAUGUUUUUCAUGUCUGAAAUCAUAACACAGUGGCCUGUCAUACAACAAACCUAAAACACAGAUCUCUGACCAUUUUCUUGGGACUUUAAUGCAUUUAUUGCUGCCUUGUAACCAGCUUAUGUGAUAUUAGCAUUUAUUAGCAGUUGAACAGAUAAUCCUGAUAAAGUGAUCAGUGAGUUUAUAUCUCUGGAUUACUUUUUAUGACAUUAUCACUUGUGACACAUUGGCACUGUGCGUGAUUAUCACUUUGUAUAAAUCUGCAGUAUAAUCAUUGAUUAACAUCGUCUUCCCAUGGUAAGUUGUGAGUCAGAAAUUUGCCAUAUAUAUUUUGUCAUAAAAACAGUUUUUCUAAGACACAUGCUCAUCAAGGGCAGACUUUUCACAUGCAAGAAUGUAAUUUGAAUAUCAACUGUGGAAAAGAAGUGUGCUGUGACCGAAGAUUAACCUUUACUCAUGCUUUAAUUUGUAAAUAAUGAGAGAUUUUUGGUGUUUUUUUCUGUCUAAUGGGGCUUUUAAUGGGACCUUACUUUACUACAACACUAAUAAGUUGUCAUAUUUAUGACACAUUAAGGUUCUUGGGUUGUACUAUCAGUUAAAUUGCUGCCGAUUUAUGUGUCUAUAUUUUUGUGUGUAUGUUUGAGAUUGUGGUAUCAAUGUUUACAUGGUGUUGUGUUUGAUGAUUUCUCUGGUUUAUGUGUAUAUUUUUGUUUUUCAACCUCACAAAGGAAAUCAGACUUUUUCACAAUGACUUCAUACUUUAUUUUGGUGCAGGGAAUACUCAGAUACAUACUUGAACUCUCUUUUGUUCUAACGAUAUCAUGCUCUUUAUUCUGGAUUUUCACUCACUGACCUGCACUGUGUAUCCACCUUUGGCUGCAUAUACAGAUGGACAACAUUGUGACACCCCUUUUUGUAAAAGUGAAGCCAAAAUACCCAUUGCAAAAAGCUGUUCCGCCAAUUUAGCACACAAAGCACCACAGAAGCUGUAUGGCAAUACAACCCCUUUUGAGAUAUCAAAAACCUAAUCACCUGUUUCAGCAUUUUCAGCAUCCUACUCUUCUUUAGCCAUCUUAUCAACUUUUUCAUCCUCAGCCUCAACACAUUAUUUAGCCUUUUAGCACCUUUUUGGCACUUACGGAUUAUUUAACAUCAAAUCCAUUACUUUGUAUAAUAUUUAAACAUUUUCAGCAUAAAUGUAAUUCUUUUCAGCACCAACUUGAGCAUCAUUGCAGCAAUGUAGCAAUUACAGCAUAGAUGUACACCUUUGGACCUUUGGAGCCUCAUUUUUCUUCAACUUUAGCCUCUAAUAUUUUCAGCUUUGUCAUCAUUUUCAGCAUCUUCCUUUUUGUCAUUAUUAGGAGUCUUCUUUAAUUUUUGAGCAAGUUUUGAAAAUAUUUCUGGAAACAAAUUGAGCCUUAUCAGCACCAUCUUUGUCCAUUUCAGCAUUUUCUGCAAUUUUAACUUCCUCAUCGUUUCCAACAGUGUCUUCGUCAUCCUAUAAUUCUUAUAGUUUUUUUCCUAAUUUUAAGCAAGACUGAAGAGUUUUUGUGAAAAAUCAGCAUUCUCAUAAUCUUUCAAAAGCUUCUUCAGCAAUUUAAUUUUUUUUGCCAGUUUUAAAAACAUUCCUAGCAAUAUAUUCAGUCUUAUCAGCACCAUCUUUUUCUUUUUUUUAUCAUUUUCUGCUAUUUUAGCAUCUCCAUAGUUUCGAACAAUAUCUUCAUCAUCCCACUCAUGAUGUGUUGUCUUAUGAUCAUAAUUUAGCUUCAUUUUUAUCAUCUUCAUCAUUUUCAGCAAAUUCAUAAUCCUCACCUUCAUCAUUUUAACAACUUCAGCAUGUUUUAAGCACAAAGUUCAGCAUUGUCAACUUCAUUCUUGACACGUAGCCUUCCCAAUGUUUCCAACACUGUUAUUUCAUUUCAAGUAUUGUCAUCUUUAUUUUCUUCUGUAAAUUUUGAGCAUUUUCAGUACAAAAUUGAGUCUUUUCAGUUUUAUUGCAGGCUAUUUAAACAAUGGAUUUGAUAUUUAGUUUGGGCAUCAUUGUUUUUUUCAGCAAUAUCUUCAUUUUUUACAUUUUCAUUUACAUUUUUGCUGUUAUGAUUUUUGUCAAUAUUUUCAGCCAAAUUCUCACCUUUGAAAGUCUUCUUCAUAAUUUUCAGCAAGACUGAAGCAUUUUAGCAAAAAAAUCAGCUUUCUCAUAACAAUCUUUGACAUGCUUCUUUAGCAAUUUCAGCAUUUUUAUCCUUUGUUAUAUUUUUGUCACAAUUUUUAGAUUAAUAUCUGUUACUCUCAGCUUGCUAUGAAAGUCAGUCUCACAGUCAGCUUUAUUUUUUCACAUUUCUGAAUUUUCAGCAGUGCAACCCUUUUUUAUUCACAUUUUCGGCAUUGCAAUACAGUUUUUUUUUUAUUAAGACAACCUAUUAGACAGGCUGGAAUAAAAUCAGUAUAAGAAUGACAGAAACCCUGUUUGAGAAAAUACUGACAUGUAUGUAAAAAUCUAUUUUUUUAUUAUUUGUUAACAUGGAGCAGGCAGACAGUAAUGAGCUGUACUGUCAGUAGGGGGUGCAUCAGAUUUUGGCUUCACUUUUAAGAGAGCUGUCACAAUGUCCAUCUUUCUAUACAGUCCAUUGAGUCUUUUUAUCUUUGUGUUUUCGGGGAAUCUUAAGACUGGACUUUGGAUUUUAUUUAUUUACUAUGUAAAGCCUCACAGUUAUUUUAAAGUUCAACAACUGUUUUCAGAGGUUUUGAGUCAACUUUUUUUGAAACAUGCCAUUUCAUAUUUAGGAACUUGCUGUGGAAAAAAACGUUUAACUGAGUAUUAUUUGGCCAAACUUCUCCAAGAGAAAAAGUGAAGUUCCGUGAUUUCAAACUUUAGAUUAAAUUUGAUGUUAUGUCAAAGAUUUUUUUAGAAACCCUCCAUUCGUUAAUCCAACCUAAAGCUCUUAAUUACACUUAACACCAAACAAGAGGAGUAUAAUUGGCAUGCAGUGUAAACAUCUUUGUUCGAAGCUUCUGUCGAGGGCUGUUUAAUGAGAGUUUGACUCAAAGGCUUUAAUUUAACUUUAAAAUCUCCUGCUGUGAUCAAUGUUAGAGAACUUCUGUGGGCGUGUGUGAUAUCUUGUGACAUUAGGCACCCUGUUCUAUCUGUUUUUCAUCUUUCAAGAUCUGCUUGACACUUUUUUACUUCACGUCUCACAUCAUCAUGCCUCUCUUGUACAUGUGAAUUAUAACUCAAAUCUUACUUUGAAGCUGCAGAACAUUUUAUUUUUAUAUUUUUCACGGCAUCCAGGCUCUUCUUUUUAUUUUUUAAUCUCUGUUCAAUUUUAUCAGCUCAUACUUGGGUAUUGAAUCAAACGUGUGCAACCAGCUUCAUUUGUGAGUUGAAAGAGCCCCCUGCUGGACUUGUAUUUAUUUUCUCUGUUAUGUGAAUGGAAAACAGUCUCUCUUUGGGUUAUGGGCUACAUAAAACCCCCUCCUUCUAUUGGCUUCUGUCCUUUCAUCACUCUAAUUUUCAUAUUCAGUUUAAUGGCUUCCCUUGGAGAAUAUAAUGUCGACCUUGACCAAAUUUAAAUGAGACCAUCUCAGCAAACUUAAUGUGGCCUUAACUUUUUGUUGGUGCACAAUGAGAGCUGCUCUCUGCAUAUUUUUAAUUUAGCUUGCAUUUUUAUUUCCAGUUUGUGACUUUCAUUUGGUUAAAUAUUGAAUCCCACUUGAUUGCAAAUUCAGGGGCUUUUCUCCAAGUGAAAUCCAGACUAUUCUAAGAUUAAUACAGGAUCCAAGAGGCAUUACAUGCUCCCUGCUAUGGACAGAAUUGACUUAUAAUAACAUCAUUAUUUCAUGUUCAUUAUUUAACAGUAAUGUAAGCUGAUCCUGUUGCCACAUGUAAUCUAAUCUUGUAAAUAAGCUUGUAAUGAGAGCGAAUCAGCCUCUCAGCAUGGGUCCUGGGAUUAAAAAUGUCCUCUUGCUGCUCUCACUGUAGCUCCCCUCCUCUCCUCUUCUGUAUAAGCUGAGUGACUUUACUGUGUGAACAUUUUUGUUUGAGAUCUACCUCAGUCUUGGUUUACCACGUCUACAUAAAAACAAUCACAUCACUGCCUCUUGCCUUUUGCUAAAAAAAACAGCCUCAUGUGUUCAAAAAGAUAAAAACCUGAAUGUUCAGUUGGAGAUAAAGAGGCGAUCAUGUCCCUGUUGCUGAAGAUGAUUCGUUGUGUGUAUGUGGUUACCAGGAAUCAGAGGUUUAAUUUUACACUUUACUUUGCAGCAUCUUUCAUUUACAAUGAUUAACGGCACCUGCCUUACUCGUGUGCAAUAAAUGUU